AUGAAGUACACUUUGGAGGACCAGGUUGUCCUCAUUACAGGAGGAUCACAGGGAUUAGGAAAACAGUUUGCAGUAAAGUAUUAUAACGAGUCAGUGCGUACCAAGAUUAUUAUUGUGAGCAGGUCGGUCGCGAAACUGAAAAAUGCUGUAACAGAUAUUACAAAGGGUGAUAAGGCGAGUCCAUUGAAUAGCGACACCGAUGUGUUUGGAUCUGACCAAAGAGUAUAUUAUAUGUCAUGCGACAUGUCUGAGCACGAAAGUGUGGCAGGUCUGUUUGACACUUUGUUUGCAGUGAAACUGUUACCGACCCAGGUACUCGCCUGCGCCGGUGGAUCUACGCCGAAACUGUUCAAAGACCUCACCGGCAGUGAGAUUGAGAUGGGAAUAAGAAUGAACUACAUGAGCACAGUUUUUUUGGCAAACAAGGUAGCACAAUUGCUUCCCCACAGUCAUCUCAUCCUAUUCUCCAGUGAGACUGCAUUUUUCCCGUUCAUUGGAUAUGGCCAGUAUGCGCCACUGAAAGUCUCGAUAAAGGCAUUGACGUCCAUUCUGAGGCAGGAGCUUUCGGAGGGUAGAGUAUCCUGUGUUUUCCCAAGUAAUUUUGCGAGCGAAGGCUUUACGGUCGAAGAGUUGACAAAACCGUCAAUAACUAAGCAGAUUGAAGGCCCCUCAGAGACAAUCUCGUGCGAGGAAUGUUGUGACAAAAUCGUCUGGUGGCUUUCCAAGGGCUACGAUGACGUCUCUAUCGGUUUUUUGGGCUGGGUCCUAAUGAGCACAGAUAUGGGGCUGAACAAACAUCACAACUACUCUUUUCUUUGGUUUUUACAAAUCCUGUUCGGGACUUUGACAAAUCUACUCAUUGUGCCGCUUUUCAUGAUGAAGUGCACUUACGAUAUCAAGAAAUGGUACAAAGAACAACAUAACAAGCAACACAAGAUUUAA